CAUGAAUUCCAAAGAUUACAGUAUAUAUUUCAUAUAAGAAAUAGUUCAUAGAAUGCUUUACUUAAGUCAACUAAAAAAAGAUUAUUUAGAAUAAUGUCUUUCCAAAGAAUAAGAACCUGAUUAUGAAUUAAUCCAUGUUCUAUCCAUCAUUGAAUCAAAUCAAAACUCUAAUUUAGAUUUAACACUAGUUAAAGCAACAUCCCUUUAAUUGAUUUUUCCAUUACUUAAGGUAAAAUUAUGCUAUUAUCCGGUCAAGGCAGUGUCAAAAUCAUAUUGACUAAAUUACCAUCACAUCCCAAUAAGCCCAAUAAUUGAAAGAUAUCCUGCCUAUUUUCAUUGAAGAAAGCAAUCUCGAUAUACAAAUACGCAAAAAAAUUCCUUAAUUAGAUCUUAAUUAAAUUAAUUCUUCCUCCACUACAAAUAUGAUUUAAUCUUCAUAAAGACAAAAUAAAUUAUAAAAAUCACCAUCCCAAUAUUAAUUUAAUACAGAUCGACUCUAAAACCCACAAAGCACUACUAGAAUCAAAAAAUAAUUAUUACCAACUCCAAUUAAUAAUCAAUAAUCUUAACCCAAAUCACCAAAUACAAAAAUUGUUAAUGUUAAAUUAAAAAAAUAACAUACUGAAAUUGUAGGAAAAUCAUUAACACAUAAAAAAAGAUUAUAAUUAUAAUCACAUGAAGAUUUAAAUAGAAAAAAUAGUUCACAUAGUUUUACGAAACAUAAAAAUACUAGCAGUUCACCAAUUAAUGAAACUAAUAACAUUUAAAGACAAAUUAGUCAAUAUGCCACUAAUUAAACAUAAUUAAAAACUAAUUCUUCUAAUGCAAAUAUUUAAAUUAAAGCAUUGUUAGAAUCUUCACAAACCUCAAAAACAUAAAAUACUACUACUAUUGUCAAUCCUAAUGAUUAAAAUGCUGAUAUUUCAAUCCAUUUGAAAAAUCUUAUUAGCUUUUGUAAUCAAUCAAUUUUAAAAAAGAAUUAAGAAUGUUACAGUUCUAAAAAAGAUUUAUCUACACAAUAAACAAAUUCAAGUAUCCAUUAAUUCAAAGAAAACAAAGAAAAUACUUAACCAAUUAAAAAAUCUACUCCUUUAUUAAAACCAACUGAACAUACCAUGAUUAAAUUAACUGAAUUGACAGAAGAAGAUAAUCCAGAAACUGCUAGAUUUAAUUCAGAAGAUGAUGUUAGAAAACUUACAAAUUUCAAUAGUAAAGGAUUACAAAAAUUGCUCCAAUCAAAAACAAAUUAAUUAUCAGAAUAGAGCUCCACAUAAUCGUUACUUUCAUUAUUUUAAAGAAAAUGA